AUGUCUUCACGGCCACGGCGUUCAGCCGCCGCAAAGGCGAAGGAAGUUAUUUCAGUCCACGCCAGAUGGGCUGACAUGAGCGAAAAGGAAGACGCAGGAACUACCAUGUCAUCACGACGCACCGGACGGGGCGCUGCCUCGCGCGAUACGGCCUCAUCGCCAGAAGAGACCCAUUCCAGCGUUACAGUGAAGCUCCCCUCCAGCAAACCACGCCAGAGCACCAGAGGAGGCAACCGCCGGGGGGUUGAUGCCUUUGAGGGCGGCGAAAUAGUGCACGGGAAGCGUAACCGUGGCGCCAAGAAGAGUUAUGUAAUUGACUCAAGCCCUGAUGAUGAAGAAGAGGAAGAGGAGGAGGAAGUGGAGGUUGAAGAAGAAGACGACGAUGAGGACGACGAAGACGAUGACGACGCGAGAGCAGAUGACGACGAUGAGAUGGAAGAGCUCGGCGAUGAAGAUGCCGAAGGCGAGGAUGAGAUGGACGUUGAUGCGGAAGGUGAAGAUGACAUAGACGUGGCGCCCAAAGCGGCUGGACGCCCCUCUGCAAAGAACUCAAGAUCUACGAAGCCUAGGCCAACGGUCAAGGUCACUAAUUCCAGGGCUAAUCGAGAUGAGGACGAAGAUGACGAGGAUGACGAUGAGCUUAGUGAGCCAGCAGACAGUGAAAUUGGCGAUGAUACUAUCGUGUACGGUGAUCGGACAAUGGGAGAUGAUGAGGAUGCCGAGGGCGAAGAGAUUGAGGUUGCUGGCGAUGAGGACGACAUGGAAGAAGAGGAGGAGGAGGAGGUAGAAGAAGAAGAAGAAGAGGAGGAGGAUGAUGAGAUGACCAUGGCGCCAGGUGCCAAUGGCGGCGAUUCAGAUCUCGAUAGCGAGGAGGGUAGCCGGGCCGAGACACCAGAUCUCGCUAAAAUGACCAAACGACAGAGGGCCCGGUUCGAGGAUGUACCACAAGAGUUUAUGAAGUUGCCGGAUGAGAUUCAAGUCAAGAAAGUGUUUACUGCAGAAGAAUUAUCUAUGCGUCGUCAGGAGAUGGCUAGAAGACGACGGAACCUCAGUGAGAAGCGCAAUGAGGAAGUCAAAAUGGAAACCAUCAACAAGCUUCUGAAGAAGCAAGCUCCAAAGAUCAAUCGUAAAGCCGCUGCCGCCGCUGACUCACAGGAUCAGAAUGCGCAAAAACCCGACCCUGUCUUCAUCCGCUGGGUUAGCAAUAAGAGCGGUAACCGAAUUGCCGUACCCGACGAGAUUGUCGGCGGGCCGUCGGGUACCCUUUUUGGCAACAAGACCGGGCAGCCAUCGGCGGCACCACCAAAGUUAGUGACAGAGGUGGCUUAG